AGGUGGUGUCUUCCUGUGGCAACGCUACCUAUUUCCCUGUGCCGAGAUCCUGAGGCUAUGAAUCACGGGGAAAGAUUCGUUUUCAUUGCCGAGUGGUAUGAUCCGAAUGCUUCACUUUUUCGACGUUAUGAACUUUUAUUUUACCCAGGGGAUGGAUCUGUUGAAAUGCACGAUGUGAAGAAUCACCGCACCUUUUUAAAGCGGACCAAAUAUGAUGAUCUUCACUUGGAAGAUUUAUUUAUAGGCAACAAAGUGAACGUCUUUUCUCGACAGCUGGUGCUAAUUGACUAUGGGGAUCAAUACACAGCUCGCCAACUGGGCAGUAGGAAAGAAAAAACGUUGGCUCUGAUUAAACCAGAUGCAAUAUCAAAAGCUGGAGAAAUAAUUGAAAUGAUAAACAAAGCCGGAUUUACUAUAACCAAACUCAAAAUGAUGACGCUUUCAAGGAAAGAAGCAACAGAUUUUCAUAUAGACCAUCAGUCAAGGCCCUUUUUAAACGAGCUGAUCCAGUUUAUUACGAGUGGUCCUAUUAUUGCCAUGGAGAUUUUAAGAGACGAUGCUAUAUGUGAAUGGAAAAGACUGCUCGGACCUGCGAACUCUGGUCUGGCACGUACCGAUGCUCCUGGAAGCCUGAGAGCCCUCUUUGGAACCGAUGGCAUAAGAAAUGCAGCUCAUGGCCCUGACUCUUUUGCUUCUGCUGCCAGAGAAACGGAGUUAUUUUUUCCUUCGAGUGGAGUUUGUGGACCUGCGAACACCGCUAAAUUUACCAAUUGCACCUGUUGCAUCAUUAAGCCCCAUGCUAUCAGUGAAGGACUCCUGGGAAAGAUCCUUAUGGCUAUCCGGGAUGCAGGUUUUGAAAUCUCAGCUAUGCAGAUGUUCAACAUGGAUCGAGUUAACGUUGAAGAGUUUUAUGAAGUUUAUAAAGGAGUAGUGUCUGAGUAUAAUGAGAUGGUGACAGAAAUGUAUUCCGGCCCUUGUGUAGCACUGGAGAUUCAACAGAAUAAUCCUACAAAGACAUUUCGAGAAUUCUGUGGACCAGCUGAUCCUGAAAUUGCCCGGCAUUUACGCCCUGGAACGCUCAGAGCAAUCUUUGGUAAAACUAAGAUCCAGAACGCUGUCCACUGUACUGAUCUACCAGAGGAUGGCCUAUUAGAGGUAAGAUAA